CAAUCUGUAACGAAUAUGAAUUUCCUGAAAACAGUAGGAAGAAGCCUCGGAUUGGGACUGAGCGAGAAACCAUCCUACACGGUGGUGGAAUCAAAAGAUGGUUACGAGGAGCGGAAGUAUGCGGCCGCCAAGUGGGUGAGCACCACGGUGGAGGGUAUGUCCGUGAAUGGCGCGGGAAACACAGGCUUUUGGCGGUUAUUCAACUACAUCGCGGGGGCAAACGAGCUGGGAACCAAGGUAGAUAUGACGGCGCCCGUUGCAACCCGCGUAGUCCCGGGGGCCGGGCCUAAUUGCGAGAGCACGUUCACCGUGUCAUUUUACGUUCCGCCGAAACACCAGGAGUCACCGCCGGCACCCACGGGCAACGAUGUGUUCAUCGAAUCCUUCCCGGAAAUGACGGUUUACGCCAGCAGUUUCGGAGGUUUCGCUGACGACGAGAAGUGGAUCGAACAUGCACGGGUUUUGUCCGAAAAGCUGAAGCAUAACAAUAUUCACCAAGAGUUUUAUUUCACCGCUAGGUACGACAGCCCCUUUAAGUUGUUUAACCGACUGAACGAGGUCUGGUUCGUGAAAAAGGAUUAAUGAGUCAUGGCGGACCAAGAAGUAAAAUAAGGCGAAACGGAAGUAUAUCGCAAAAACAUGUGUCACAUCGAGAUAUUUCUCGGGCGGGAGAAGCAUUGUUUGAGUAAAAUACGUCGUAAGCUGUCUUGGACCGAAGACUCAAAUAUUGAUUUCAAAUACCGUUACUUG